AUGACGACUAUAUGCCAAUAUUGCAAUGCGUUAAAGUUCAAAAGAGAAACGGCUGGAUUGUGCUGCGCAAGUGGAAAAGUUAAACUGGAUCCAUUACUUACACCACCACAGCCACUGAAACCAUUGUUCGAUGGAAGUGAUCCCGAUUCCAUCCAUUUUCUUCAACAUAUCCUUGAAUACAAUAACUGCUUUCGCAUGACUUCCUUUGGAGCUAAUAUCAUUCGAGAAGGCGGCUUCAUGCCAACUUGCAAGGUAAAAGAUACAACACACAUAACCAAUCACUCACACCAACACAAUAAACUUCAACACAACAACUACAUAUACACCACACAGUACACCAUAACACGAUCAGAAGUUACACCGUAUUCUUCAACAAAUGAUUGUUUGGAAUUACAGGUACAAGGACAAAUAUAUUAUUUGCAUGGUUCAAUGGUGCCAACACCAGAUGAACCGCAUCAAUCAUCAUCAUCAUCUGCAAAUAUAUUUCAUUUCGUCGAUGGUGGAUCAGCUGAAUGUGCGGUGCAAUAUACAGGGAACACAACAGUUAAAGAGAAGAAUUAUUGA